GACGCUUUUCGACUUCUGUCAACCUUCCCAUGACAACCCAAAACAUGUCUGCCUCCAUAAGGCUAUAGCUGAACGACUUCGGAAGUUGAUUUCUAUCAUGUAACCUGUCGUACUUCAACAUAGUACCUCAGAUGUAAAGUUUAACGGAGGUUGUCCAUGGAUAUUUACCUGGAUUCUGUAAAUUACGCCUGUAUAUGAGUGAAAUUUGUACAGCAUGACAAUGAAAUAAUUGCCAAGUUUUGACCUCGGACGCAGUUCUAUCCCCGGUUUCAUGAUGAGUGCAUGUUCCUCGUCGAUGUCCGACGUACCUCGCUACCAGGUCGGACGAUCGGACAGCUCUGCCAGCAGUCUGUCUAUGUUCCCGUUCGGAUUUGAUUCAAAGACAAAAUACGACGCCAACGAAUCACUCAUAACAAUACGAAGUACUAAUUUCUCAAAGAAGGAGUUGGAAAAAGACGAUGACAUCUGGAAACGCCCACCUCCCGACUUCCGGCCCCAGAAGUUUGCUCCGAAUCCGCCAAAACGUAACUCGAGGGAAUCGAUGCAACCAUGGAGAUAUGGCACGUUUCCAGGUGAACAUGUGUUUGUGAAGAAACCUUCCACAAAAGUGAUGCCCAAAAUUUUAAUGCCCAAAAAGACACCGGAAGGGCGUAUAAUCACCCAGUUCCACAUAGAUCGACCAUUCACUGCAAAGAAGAAAUUCGUAAGGGAGGGCAUGUUCAAACCGGAAAUGUUCGUCAAUCCGACAGAACACGAUUUUAGAGGGUAUCCCCCGAUCAAGAAGAUGGGACUACCCGAGUUUACCACACAUGAGGAAGCCGAUCCGUUUGAUAUAUACUUUAACACCGAUCGAUUAAAUAUCAUUCACGGCGAACCCCUUGAAAGAGCAGCCGACCGGAACAUUAAAGGACUGCAGAUGGCGCCCCCUGUGCAUUUGCUGCCUAGGUGGGAGAGGCAGCUAAUCUUAGACAACGAACCAUAUCCUACAAAGCCUGGCGAGUUCAACCGCCAUCGUUUACGAUUCAGACCAGCACGUAGUGCGUUCAUGGAGCGAGUGACCCGAACCCUGGAUAUAAACUGGGCCAAAGAACGACUAGAUAUGGCCCUGGAACAAGUCAGCAGUUGAGAACAGUGUCUCUAGAUAACGAAUUUGAUCACAUUCCUUUCCUAUCAUGGCGUAAGGGCAACUGGAGUUACUUCCCUUAAUUGUAUAGACUAUUCCUGUUUCACAUAUUCUCGGACCAUUCCAAAAAUAACUCGGACAAACAACUUAAACAUUUACCAACAAGGUCUAAAGAUGUUAAAUUGAAUUUGUCCGGUCAUUUUCUGCACUCAUUGGCUCUAUGGCGCAUUCAUUAUAUAAUUACCUCCUCUUUCUGAGAAAAAAAAUUAAACUGAGGAAUAGGUCUAUUGACAUAAACUAAUUUGAAUUGACCUUUCGCCUUUACCGGUCGGCAGUAUUAUGUUGCCUGACUAUGCGAUGUCUGAGAGGGUAAAUAUAUGACUAAUCAUAUGUGCUGGCAACAUUGUCUAUGCUAAUACAUGUUUUAGAAUUUGGAGACUUUGACUUUUAUCCCUACAGUUAUAUACGUGAUUGUGUUCAGUCUGUGUGCGUAUUGUUGUUAUUAUAACAUGCAAACCGUUCGGGUAACAUUUUCUGUGAUAUCUAUUUUAGUUUAAGAUGUGAGACUCCUCUCGUCACGGUUUCCUAUGUGAAUUUCCACGCAUAUUUGAUAUUGAGACAAAUUCAACACUAUCUUAUGAAAAGCUUAUGCCCCACGAUCUCUACGAUUCGUUUAUAAAGAUACAAAUGUGAGUACUAAAGAACGCAUAAGCUCAUUGUAGUAGACAAAUGCCUUUAAAUACAUUAUUCAUGAGAUAUGUUGGUAAGACCUUAUGCAGCAGGUUUGUUUGUAUACACAAUAUCUUUAUAUCGAGUGCUAAAGUAACCCUGUCAGAACUGCAUUAUUAAAACAUGAAUAGAUCAUGUGUAUAUUCUGGAGCUUUUAGGAACGAACAUUCAUAUUUAUAUUUUUGAAUGAUUUAUUGAAUGUCGUCCUGGCAUUUGCAAACGUCGAUACUAGUUUGACAUUUGUACAACCGGAAA